CUAAUCAUUAAAAUUGCUGUCUAUCCAAGGUUUUCCUGAGCGUAGCCUGGAAUCAAAGUGCUUUUGUGUCAUUUAUACUUAGAGUUUUCAAUUUUAAACACAUUCAAGAACAGAACUUGCACCAUGGAUUUUACCAGUGGAGAAAAAUACCAAGAACAUUUUGAUCCAAAAGCUUAUUUGGCCUCUUUUUGCAGCUUUGGGUCAGGUAGAGACAACAUAUUACAUUUUCGCCUCCAGAAAUGUUUCAAAACGUUUGUCCUGGGUGGAAUAAAGGGCAAAACUUUGAUUGAUAUUGGCACAGGACCUUCCAUCUACCAACUGCUCUCUGCCUGUGAAGCCUUUGAAGAGAUUAUUGCUACGGAUUUCACUGACAACAAUCGUCGGGAGCUUGAGAAAUGGCUGCAAAAAGAAUUAGGAGCAUUUGACUGGUCAGCAACUGUAAAGAUUGUUUGUGAGCUGGAAGGAAACAGAGAAACAUAUAUUGAAAAGGAGGAUAAACUACGACGAAUCAUUAAGCGAGUCUUGAAAUGCGAUGUGACGAAGAGUAACCCACUGGAACCAGAAGUCCUCCCUCUAGCUGAUUGUUUGAUCACUGCAUUGUGUCUAGAAACAGCUUGUAAGGACCUAGAUGCUUAUCACUGUGCUAUUAAGAAUAUUUCCACUUUGUUGAAGCCAGGAGGGCAUCUGGUGAUUAUUGGGGUACUAGGCGAUACAUUCUACAAAGUUGGCCAACAGACAUUUUUCUGCUUACCAUUGGAUGAACAUAAAGUGAGGCAGGCGGUGGAAGAUGCUGGCUACACUAUCAGUGAAAUUGAUAUAUUUCCCAUAGUAAAUAUGGAGGCACAUGCUAGUAUCACAGACAGCUAUGCUAAUUUCUUUCUGGUAGCAAAGAAAAAUAUGACUAAGUGAACUAGCUUUUUAUUUAAAAAAGCCCUGUACUUGUAAGGAACAUAAAAGUGCAAAAUAAAAAUGCUCUAAUGUAGAAUUA